CCCAGAGAUGGCAGUGAGCGAGAGGAGGGGGCUCAGCGGCGGGAGCCCAGCGCAGUGCGGAUGGGGACGCUUGUCGCUGCUGGUGCUGCUGCUGGGCGGCUGCUCGGGCCGGAUCCACCGGCUGGCGCUCACAGGGGACAAGCGAGCUGACAUCCCACUGAACAGCUUCGGAUUCUACACCAACGGUUCCCUGGAAGUGGAGCUGAGCUUACUGCGACUUGGCCUCCAGGAGACAGAGGAGAAGUCACCAAGGGUGGGGUUCAGCUUGAACCGGGUUCGAUCUGGCAGCGUUCGCUCCUACUCGAGCCGGAACUCCCACGAAUGCCCCUUGGAGAGAAACAGCAGCAACUUCCUAGUCCUGUUCCUCAUCGAUAUCAAGGACCUGCAGGUCCAAGUCCGAAAGUAUGGGGAGCAGAAGAAGUUGUUCAUCUCCCCUGGCCUCCUGCCUGAAGCUCCUUCCCAGCCUGGCCUUCCAAAGCCAGCGGGUGUCUCCCAGGAGAGCGGUGAGAGCCCUGCAGUCAAGGAGGAGCAGACAAAGCCUACAGCACCUCAGGUUCCGGGAGGCAAAACUGCUCCAGGGGGACCCGGGCCCUCGAUUGAGGGCCAGCCGGAAAGGCAGCCACCCUCGAGGGACCCCACUGGGAAGGAGAAGGAGCUGGUGCUGGGGCUGGGCCACCUCAACGACUCCUACAACUUCAGCUUCCACGUGGUGAUCGGCUCCAGGGCUGAGGAAGGUCAGUACAGCCUCAACUUCCACAACUGUCACAACUCCAUUCCUGGCCAGGAACAGCCGUUCGACCUCACCGUAAUGAUCCGAGAGAAGAAUCCAGAAGGCUUCUUGUCAGCGGCUGAGAUCCCCCUCUUCAAGCUCUACCUGAUCAUGUCUGCCUGCUUCCUGGCUGCUGGCAUCUUCUGGGUGUCUGUGCUCUGCAAGAACACAUACAGUGUCUUUAAGAUCCACUGGCUCAUGGCAGCUCUGGCGUUCACCAAGAGCGUCUCCCUACUUUUCCACAGCAUCAACUACUACUUCAUCAACAGCCAGGGCCACCCCAUCGAGGGCCUCGCCGUCAUGCACUACAUCACCCACCUGCUGAAGGGCGCCCUUCUCUUCAUCACCAUCGCCUUGAUCGGCUCGGGCUGGGCUUUUGUGAAGUAUAUGCUGUCGGACAAGGAGAAGAAGAUUUUUGGGAUUGUGAUCCCCCUGCAGGUCCUGGCUAAUGUGGCAUACAUUGUCAUUGAGUCCCGUGAGGAGGGUGCCAGUGACUACGGACUAUGGAAGGAGAUAUUGUUCCUCGUGGAUCUCAUCUGCUGUGGUGCCAUCCUCUUCCCUGUGGUCUGGUCCAUCCGGCAUCUGCAGGAUGCCUCUGGCACUGAUGGGAAGGUGGCAGUGAACCUGGCCAAGCUGAAGCUGUUCCGCCAUUACUACGUCAUGGUCAUCUGCUAUAUCUAUUUCACUCGUAUCAUCGCCAUCCUGCUGCGAGUGGCAGUGCCCUUCCAGUGGCAGUGGCUGUACCAGCUCCUGGUGGAAAGUUCCACGCUGGCCUUCUUUGUGCUCACGGGCUACAAGUUCCAGCCGGCUGGGGACAACCCAUACCUGCAGCUGCCCCAGGAAGAUGAGGAAGACAUACAGAUGGAACAAGUGAUGACGGACUCUGGGUUUCGGGAAGGCCUAUCCAAAGUCAACAAGACAGCCAGUGGCCGGGAACUGUUGUGAUUUCCCUGCGUCCAGCCAGCGCCCUCGGUCCUUCUGCAUCCUACACCCCUAUAUUUGUCCCCAAGUGUGCAGGGAGCCUGAGGGGACCAUGCCGAUGAGGCACCCAGGAUUCGGGUCCCCAAAGAGCCUUUCAAAAAAGAUGCUCUUCUCCCAGCACCACAGCCCUCUCCUUGGCAGAGGACACUUCAGCCUUUUGCGGUACAAUAAGGACCAAUCUUUUUCAUUUAAGUUUCUUGACUUUAAGGGUUUUGAAUGCCUAAGGCAAGCUGCAUUUAUGAUCUUAAAUCCUGAAUUCUCAGUCUAUGUGGUGGCACAUGUCUGUUGUCUAUUGCUCUGGAGAGCCUGGGCCUUAUGAAACCUUGAGUAAACAAAUAAAAAUAAAGAGAACUCGGAAUUUACA